GGGCUAACUUCGUACUUGCUCUCGUCAUCUCUAACCUCUAGGGGCGCGCCACCGGCCCACCACCACAGUAUCAUGGAAUCCUGCAAGACCCACUGAUAGACUAAUCUUGCACACCGAUUUCCUACGUCCAUUAUAUGCUCUCAUCUCUCGCCUGCAUAUAUACACAGAUAUAAGGCAUACACACCGGAUAGAAGACUGAUACAUUGAGGAGCUGAAACGGCAUGGAUUUGGAUCAACUCCAAUCCACUUUGCGAACUUUUGAGCUCGCCUGCACUUCAAUCCAGAAGGUGCAUGGUGAUCCAGCAGCUGAGGCUGUUAUUUCAUCUCUUAGUCAGUCUGCUCGGCCAUACCGGGUAUGCCAAUUCAUUCUGGAGCACUCUCAGGUGCCAAUAGCACGGUUUCAGGCUGCUGGAGCACUUAGAGAUGCAGCUAUGCGAGAAUGGGUAUUUCUUGACAAUGAUGAUAAAAGGCACUUGAUAAGCUUUUGUCUUUGUUUUGUUUUGAAAAAUGCGAGUUCAUCCGAAGGCUAUGUCAUAUCAAAAGUUGCUUCAGUGGCCUCUCAAUUGAUGAAACGAGGAUGGUUGGAAUUAGCCGCUGUUAGGGAGGCAUUUUUGUCUGAGGCAAGGCAGGCAAUCAUCGGCAGCCAUGGUCUUGAUUCGCAGUUUGCCGGAAUUCAUUUUUUGGAAUCUCUGGUUUCUGAAUUUUCACUCUCUACUUCAACUGCUAUGGGUCUUCCACGAGAGUUUCAUGAACAGUGCAAGAAAUCAUUGGAGCUGGAAUAUCUGAUGAUGUUCUUCUGCUGGGCACAAGAUGCUGCUAUAGGUGUUUCUGGUAAAAUAGUUGAGUCUCAUUCUGCUGUUCCUGAAGUUAAAGUGUGCACAAUGUCUCUGCGUGUCAUGCAUCAAAUUUUGAACUGGGAUUUUCAAAAGAAUUCCAUGAUGCCUAAUGGCGCACAACAAGUCAUGGAUAUUCCUGAUGGAAUUAAGCAUGCCACAGAUACACCUAGAACGACAGACUGUAAUUUGGUUCAACCUGGACCCUCCUGGAGAGCUGUGCUGACAUCAGGUGGUCUUGUUGGAUGGCUUCUAAACCUAUAUGGUUCCCUCAGGCAAAAGUUUUCCUGUGAGGGUUAUUGGAUUGAUUGCCCUCUUGCUGUCAGCGCUCGCAAACUUAUAGUGCAGUUCUGCUCGUUGUCAGGGUCUAUAUUUCCAUCUGAUGAUGGACAAACCCAAAAACAUCUCCUUCUGCAACUGCUCUCUGGAAUCAUCCAAUGGGUUGACCCUCCUAGUGUUGUUUCAAAAGCGAUUAAAGAAGGGAAAAGUGAAAGUGAGCUGCUAGAUGGCUGCCGGUCACUAUUAUCCAUUGCAACUGUUACCUCUCCAAUUGUAUUUGAUCAACUGUUGAGAUCUAUAAGGCCUUACGGAACUCUCAGCCUAUUGUGUGCCCUAAUGUGUGAAGCAAUCAAGGAUUUAAUAGAGAAUUGCACAGAAGAAGAGACUUGGAGCUGGGUGGCACGUGAUAUCUUACUAGAUUCUUGGACUACACUUCUCAUGCCAUUGGAUCGUACAGAUUGCAAGGCUUUGCUCCCACCUGAAGGGAUUACUGCUGCAGCCGAUCUUUUCACAUUAAUUGUAGAAUCUGAGUUACAGGUUGCUUCUGCAUCAGCCUUUAAUGAUGACAAUGAAUCUAAUUACUUUCAGGCCUCUAUUGCUGCAAUGGAUGAAAGAUUAAGCACUUAUGCCCUUAUUGCUCGAGCUGCUGUUGACAUUACUGUUCCUUUACUGAUUAGACUGUUCUCUGAGUGCUUUGCGGAGCUUCAUCAGGGCAGAGGCACUAGCGAUCCAACUCAAACUCUGGAAAAGCUUUACUCGCUGUUAUUGAUAACUGGGCAUGUUUUAGCUGAUGAAGGAGAGGGCGAGACACCCUUGGUGCCAAGGGCUAUACAAACCCAAUUUAGUCACAUUAUGGAGACUGAAAAGCAUCCAGUUGUCAUACUCUCUGGAUCUAUAAUAAAAUUUGCUGAGCAGAGUUUAGAUCCAGAGUUGAGAGCAUCCUUUUUUAGCCCUAGACUUAUGGAGGCAGUAAUAUGGUUCCUCAGAAGAUGGUCUUUAACUUAUUUGAUGCCACAUGAGGAAUACAAAGAAAGUAAAACUUCAAAAUAUUUUACUGAAGGCCCUUAUAAGGAAGUGCCGUCUACGUCCUCUAGGAAAGCAUUGCUUGAUUUUUGUGGCGAUCACAAUCAGCGCAAGCUUGUGCUCGAUAUCAUUGUUCGCAUCUCGAUCACCUCACUUAUCUCUUAUCCUGGUGAAAAAGAUUUACAGGAACUUACUUGCUUUGAAUUGCUCCAUGGACUGGUUCGGUGUAAGAGUUUUUGUUCACACCUUAUAACCUUGGAUUCUUGGCGUGAGUUGGUACAUGCAUUUACGAAUGAAAAAACUCUUCUCUCACUAUAUGGUUCUUAUCAGCGUUCUCUAGCUCAAACACUUGUUCGUUCAACUACUGGUAUGAGUGAUUCAGAGAUGUCAUAUCAAUAUGUGAAGUACCUAACGAGCCACAUGACAACUUACCUUAUAGAACUUUCAGGCAGGAAUGAUUUAAAAAGUGUUGCUCAACAGCCAGACAUCAUCUUACUGGUUAGUUGCUUGCUGGAGCGGCUUCGUGGAGUUGCCAAAGCCUCAGAACCUCGAACGCAAAAGGCAAUUUAUGAGAUAGGAUUUUCAGUAAUGAAUCCUUUACUGAAACUUCUGGAAGUUUACAAACAUGAGUCUGCAGUUGUAUAUAUGUUACUUAAGUUUGUUGUUGAUUGGAUUGAUGGACAAAUCAGUUACUUAGAAGCUCAUGAAACUGCAGUGGCUGUUGGCUUCUGCAUGAGUUUAAUUCAGCUGUACUCAUCUCACAAUAUUGGAAAGAUUUCACUGAGCCUUUCGAAAAGCCUACGCACUGAGGAAGAUACGGAGAAGUACAAGGAUAUACGAGCUUUGCUCCAGCUACUUUCAAGCCUCUGUUCAAAAGAUCUGGUUGACUUCUCAUCAGAGCCCAUUGAAACUCACGGUACAAAUAUUUCACAGGUGGUAUAUACGGGUCUUCAUAUAGUCACCCCUCUAAUAAGUUUGGAUCUACUAAAAUACCCCAAACUUUGUCAUGACUAUUUCUCAUUGCUAUCACAUAUGCUGGAAGUAUAUCCUGAAAUGGCUGCACAAUUGAAUAAUGAAGCUUUUGUUCAUAUUAUUGGAACCUUGGAUUUUGGUUUACACCAUCAGGAUGUUGAAGUUGUUGAUAUGUGUCUACAAGCAGUAAAUUCACUUGCUUCUUACCACUACAAAGAGAGAGGUGCUGGUAAAGUUGGGUUAGGCUCCCGUGCUACUGCUUCCACAGACUCUGCUGGAAACCUUCAAGAAGGGGUUCUUAGCAAUUUCCUUCGCUCACUCUUGCAAUUUCUGCUGCUCGAGGAUUACAGCAAUGAUGUUAUUGCCUCAGCUGCAGAUGCUCUUCUUCCAUUAAUCCUUUGUGAACAAGAUCUUUACCAGAGGUUAGGACAUGAAUUGAUAGAGAGGCAGACAAACCCAACAUUCAAAUCAAGGUUGGCAAAUGCAUUCCAGUCCCUCACGAGUUCAAACAAUAUCUCUUUCACUCUAGACCGUUUAAAUUACAAAAAGUUUCGAAAAAACCUACGAGACUUUCUUAUUGAAGUUUGUGGAUUUCUUCGGACAAAAUGAAUCUUAGUUAUGCUCAAGAAAAAGUUGCCUUGGGGUUUUGAUGACUUUGUCAAUUAUAUUUGCAAAUCUAUUGUCUUAGGUUUGGAGCUAUGAUUUUGUAGUGUAAAGGACAGUAGUAUACUAGUCACCUUCUGACAGCCUAUAAAUUUUCGUCUGCAUUCAUAACUUGUGUAUACUCACUCGUGUUUACACAUAGGUUCCAUUUUUAUUCCCUUUUAGAUAUCGCCAUGUGACAUCAGUGAAAAUUAUUAUACCUUUUCGCUUCUCGAGAUGCA